CUCUCUUAACCAGCCGGGCGAGCCAUCAUCAUCUCCACCACCACCGCCAGGGAGUAGCGGAUCAGAGAGGGAACCGCCCCUGUUUGUCCACCUCCCGAGACCUUCUGCGCCUGAUCUCGCAUCUUGGCAGACCAUGGCUGAACCACCAGUGGAAGACGAGGGUGAGGAAGCAGCUCAAAGUCAACCCAAGCAGGAAUCCACUCAUCAGGCCACGGUGGCAGCGAAGAACUUAGCCAUUUUGAAAGCCCGGUCAUUUGACGUCACCUUCGAAGUGGGAGACGAGUAUGAAGUCAUUGAAACAAUUGGCACCGGAGCUUACGGUGUGGUGAGCUCAGCACGACGCAAAGACACAGGCCAGCAGGUGGCGAUAAAGAAGAUCCCGAAUGCCUUUGACGUUGUGAUGAAUGCCAAGCGUACCCUCCGGGAACUUAAAAUCUUGAAACAUUUCAAGCACGACAACAUCAUUGCCAUCAAGGAUAUCCUGAAACCUUCCGUGCCUUAUGCUGAAUUCAAGUCCGUCUAUGUGGUGCUAGACUUAAUGGAAAGUGAUCUCCACCAGAUCAUCCAUUCGUCACAGCCUCUCACCUUGGAGCAUGUGCGCUACUUCCUCUACCAACUCCUCCGAGGCCUUAAGUACAUCCACUCAGCAAAUGUCAUCCACCGAGACCUCAAGCCCAGCAACCUGCUGAUCAAUGAGAACUGUGAGCUGAAGAUCGGUGACUUUGGGAUGGCCCGAGGCCUCUGCACCAAGCCGGUUGAAUACAAGUACUUCAUGACAGAGUACGUGGCCACUCGCUGGUACAGAGCCCCAGAACUAAUGUUGUCUCUGCACGAAUACACACAGGCUAUAGAUAUGUGGUCGGUAGGGUGCAUUUUUGCAGAGAUGCUCGGGCGAAAGCAGCUUUUCCCCGGGAAAAACUAUAUCCAUCAACUGCAGCUGAUUAUCACCGUCCUGGGCACUCCUCCCGCCAAAGUGGUCCACUCCAUUGGUGCUGACCGGGUGCGUGCCUACAUCCAGAGCUUGCCGUCGCGCCAGCCAGUGCCAUGGGACAGCCUCUACCAGAAUGCCGACAGGAAGGCCUUGUCUUUGCUCUCCAAGAUGCUCCGCUUCGACCCGCGCGAGCGCAUCUCUGUAGUGGAGGCCUUGAACCACCCGUUCCUGUCUAAAUAUCACGAUCCGGACGAUGAGCCAGAUUGCGUCCCGGCUUUCGAUUUUGACUUUGACAAACAGGUGCUUACCAAGGAACAAAUCAAGGAGACCAUCGUGGCGGAAAUCAAGGACUUCCACGAACGCCGGGAAGGCAUCCGGCGGCAGAUCAGCUUCAAGCCAGCUCUUAGGCCAGCCGUGGUGGAUGGCGGGGUGGAUGAUGCCACUAACCAGGCGUUGCUACUGCGCUGCAACGAUAUUGACAUGCCCAGUGCUGGUUCUCCACGCGCCGAUGAUGAUUAUGCGAUGGCCUCUCCCAUGCCUUACCCAACGGAGACCAUUGACUUCACCUCUCCUCUGGUGGCUUCCUCCGUCACGCCGCCAGAAGUAAAGGCUGAGGUGGAGGCUCCAGUGGCCCCACCAAAGCGGGAAGGCGCCAUCUCAGAUGACACCAAGGCUGCUCUCAAAGCCCUCAUCUUGCAGUCUGCACUCCGAAAUAAAAACAAAGAUAUACCUUCCUCUGUCUCAGAAACUCCUGAUAUCCGGCGACCGGUAACGGCGAAGGAACGCCAGCGUGAGAGGGAGGAGAAACGGAAGCGGCGCCAGGAACGGGCCAAGGAGCGGGAGAAGCAGAAGAAGGAGAAGGAACGGGAACAUAAGGACAUGCUGACCGAGAACGACCGGAACCUUCUGGAAAGAUGGACCAAGAUGGUGGACCGCACCCAGAACAAGCCAAUCCAAAACGGGUCCACGGUCCCACCCCAGAAAAACACGGCCAGUCAUGCCCUACCUUCAGUUUCAGCUGCCAAGCCUUUGCCCCCUCAGGCCCAUGCAUCGACCUGCGUCACUCCUGCCGCUUCUCGUAAUACGUCGGCACCUUCUGAAUUCCUUGCUUUCUCAGACAAAGCGGCACCAGGCCUUGCCCCCAAGCUCACCCUUGUCCCAGUGGGGACCGAGCUAGCCUCGGUCCAGGCUUCUAACGCCAAUGUUAUUCGCUUUUUCCCGGCCCAGACUGCCCCUUUCGUGGUGGCCACCCCGGCUUGCCCCAAAGCCAUCCCUGCCAAGUCCGAGUGCCUCUUGAACGUCAAAUAUGCCCCGAGCCAGAUCUUCCAAGGCCCGUAUGGAGUGACGGCCCUCAACGCUUGGCGUAGUGUCUCUCCGCCUGAAAACUGGGCUGUGUCUGGACAAUUACCUGUUGGUCAGCCUGAGGUGGCACCCACUGGGCCUUUGUCAGAACCGGUUGUCAAUUUUGUGGCAGGAGCUGAGGCGGAUCAGUCUCUGUUCCAGUCUGAGAUAGGCAAGUCUGAACGUCCGCCCCAGGGACUGUCCACAGAAGAAAUUAGAGGGUCAGUUCAGUCCCAGGUGACGUCAGGACUACCUUCGGAGUCCCCCGAUAUCAACGUGGUAACCCAGCAACUGUCAAAAUCUCAGGUGGAAGAUCUUUUGCCUCCUGUUUUCUCGGGAACACCCAAAGGCAGCGGUGCUGGUUAUGGGGUUGGAUUUGACCUGGAAGAAUUCCUGAACCAGUCUUUCGACAUGGUGGGGGAGAACAGAGAGAGUCAAGGUGACUCCGCCCCACUCUCGGCCUCGCUUCUCGCUGAUUGGUUGGAAGUCCAUCGCAUGAACCCUGCUGACAUGGAGUCUCUCCAACAAGAACUGCAAUUGGGCUCUCCCAUGAUCCUCUCUGACAUUCCGGACCUGCAAGACGCAUGAGAAGCCGAGAUCCUGUUGGGCAGCGUCUUCCUCUUCGGUCUUUCUUUUUUCUUUUUCUUUUUAAACUCAGAAUGGAUGUGGAAGAUCAAGGCAAUUUGCCUUCUCAAUGACUUGGGUUGGAAAUGUCACCACAGUGCCUGUGCGUUUCUGUUGUUUUGCUUUACAGCAAAGGUGAAUUGGUCGGAUGUUUCAGACAAGAGGUCUUUUGCAAUAAGAAUUGAAGUAGACUUGGUUCUACACUGCCUUCUGCAGGCAUGUUGAAAGACACACACACACACACACAUACACACACACAAACACACACACAAAUCAGGAAAGGAUUCUUGUCAAAAACACUAAAAGGAUGCAUCAUCUCUUUCCUUGGAAACAGGCAUCCAGUCAAUUUCUUGCUUGACCCCACACUGUGUUUCCUUACCUCAUAGCCAAUAAACACAGAUAACAUUUUCUGUUUAAAAUAUUGAAAGCUCUUCGAAAGGGCUGAAUUCAUGUAAAACAUGUUCUCCAGGUCUUUUAAGAAAGAAAGAUGCACAUAAGGAUCAAAUCCAGCCUUCCUCCAUAGGCAACUGUUUUCAAAUUGGUGCCCUCCGGAUGUAUCGGAUUUCAGCUUCCCUAGGCUUCCCUUCAGUCCUCUCUUAGAUACAGGUAAUCCUCAAUUUACGACUAUGAUUGACACCCCCUCCCCUGAGUUCCGUUGCUAAAUGAAAGAUUGGUUAAAUGGAACUUUGCCCCCUUUUUACGACCUUUCUUGCCACCGGUGUUAAAUGAAUCACUGCAGUUGUUCAAGUUAGUUACAUGGUUGUUAAGUGAAUCCGGCUUCCCCAUUGAUUUUGCCUGUAAAAAGGUCCCAAAAGGUGACCACGGGGAUGCUGCAGCUGUCAUAAAUAUGAGUCAGUGGCCAAGCAUCCAAAUUUUGAUCCUGUGACUGUUGGCAAUGGCCGUAAGUGCGAAAAACGGUCACGAGUCGCUUUUUUUCAGCGCUGUUGUAACUUUGAAUGAUCGCUAAGUGAACUGUUGUAAGUCAAGGAUUACCUGUAUUCUAAACUUCAGUCCUCCAUAAAAUAUGAAAUCUGUUUGGGUGACUUGAGGGCAGUCACUCUCUUUUCAGUCCAAGCCCACAUCCUCAGGUGUUGGGAAAAUAGUCAGGAGGCUGAUGGAUAUAAAUAUAGUUGUAUAAAAUAAAGGCGGGAUAUAAAUCUAAUAAUUAAAUGAAUAGCCCUCUGGCUUCCUAGGGAUAAUAGAUGCUGAAGUUCAUGUACAUUUGGAAGGCGCAGGUGGGAACAUUUCUUUUUCAUAGCAUGCUUUGCCCUGCACUGUGAAACAGCUGGAUUACAAACUUGUGGAAAUCAAUUGAAUUAGGCCAACGGGCUGUCCAAUCUCAUAUGCUGUAUUCUGACCAGCUAUACCUCUUCAAAAUCUUGGAUAGAGGAUUUUCCUGCAUUUCUGAAACUGGAAAUACCAAGAGUGGAAGCUUCAGCCUUAAAACGCUUCAGGUUUUUGCUUUUCUGUUUAUUGGUUAUUACUGUGGUUGCCCAGAGUAACGUCCUGGAGAACUUUGACAGCGGCUAUCUUCAGUAAUGCUGUGAGGAUGGGACAGAAAGGCCCACAGAUUCCAAUGGAAAAGAGACAUAAGCAUCAAGGGUUUCCUUGGCCUCACCUCAACGUGCCAUAUGGUCAUGCAGAAGAAGCCUUCAAAUUAUGAGGCAGGGGAGGGAAGUCUAUUAAAUAUAGGUUUUUCCUCCUGUGAUGGUGUUGCAGUGACCAUGAUCGCCCUGAGGCAAGGCAACCUCCUGCUUUUUAAGAGAAGAUAUGCAAUGUUGAUGGUGCCUACGCUCAAGGUUUUUGAAAACAGAGAUUGUACAACUUUGUCUUCUGCUUUCUGUGUACAGAUGUGACUGUCCUACCAAUACAUAUAGUACUGUCAACUAGAGGAAGGGACCACUUCUCCCUCUAAUUUACACAGUUUCUACCCCACGUCUGCUGUACCAGGAGCCUUUUAAAGAGCCUUCUUUGUGUCCAAGAUAGCUGGACAAGACUUGUUUCCAGCAUCCUGAUUGCCAUAUCAAUGUGCCUCCAGACAGUGGCUGUUUAACAGUGUCUCUGUAAGGCUGGCGCUACCAUACCUUGUCUGCAGAAACCCGGGUGACCCUUAAGUGGCAGCAGGCAGAGAAUUUUUGUUCCUGUUAACUGUCAUCUUAGAUAUUUGCAGCCCAGCUGUAAUAUUCCUGAUAAGGUCUUUGUGAACACCCUGCAUAUUCAGCCUGGUGACUUACAUGGCCUGCCACUAAUGUGCGUGUAUGUAUGUUGUGUAUGUAUAUGUGCCUGUACCUUUUAUUUAUAGAGCUGCAUUGGCGCAGUGGUCAGAAUGCAGUACUGCAGGCUGCUUCUGCUGACUGCAGGCUGCCAGCAGCUCGAUUCACACCGGCUCAAGGUUGAAUCAGCUUUCCAUCCUUCCGAGGUCGGUAAAAUGAAGACCCAGAUUGUUGGGAGCGAUAUGCUGACUCUGUAAACUGCUUAGAGAGGGCUGGAAAGCACUGUGAAGCGGUAUAUAAGUGUAUGUACUAUUGCUGUUGCUAUUGUAUCAAAUUGGGUGACCUGUUUCUGUUUUGGUAGUGCCCGGUAGAUAAAUGUUUUCGGUUAGCAAACCCUGAAUCUCUUGUAAGCUUCCAUCUUACCAGCACAGGGUGAGACUUUCUAUGUGCAAGACUUUGUGAGCCAGUAUUCUGUGGAGCAGCCUGAAUUUUCCUACACCUCCAGUGUGAAGUUGGGCUCGCCUGAUAUAAUUAAGCCAUCCUAUGAUUUGUUUGACUCUGGUUGUGGGAACGUGUUGCAGCUUAUAUACCAUGGCUUAGCAUGUUGAGCCAACUCAUCGAAUUGUAUGUGAAGGUGUAUUCCCCCCCCCCCCUGAAUCAUGUUUUAAGUAUGUUUCAUCAAGAUAUGUGUGAAGGAGAAUCUUACUUGAGUGUAAGUCUCUUUGGAUUUGAUGGCACCUGGGUUUGAGUAGAUAUAUUUGUUAUUGCUUGAAAAACAGCAACGAUGGCACCCUUGGAAAUGCUUUGGCAAGAUUUGUUCCUUUGGAUGUGACUGUUCCAAUAUUUAAGUUGCCUAUCUUUAAAUUUAGAAGGUUUUUACUUAUAAGCCCCUGCCCUGAAAUAUCUAGUCCAAAAUUUUGGGUGGAGAUGCUUUUGUGUUUCUAUAAAGCAAGGGUCUCCAAACUGGGCAACUUUAAGACUUGUGGACUUCAGCUCCGAGAUUUCCCCAGCAAGCCAUGCUGGCUGGGGAAAUCUGGAAGCUGAAGUCUACAAGUCUUAAAGUUGCCCAGUUUGGAGACCCUUGCUCUAAAGCAAUGUUUCUUAAAGAAGUGUGGUCUUAGGAUCUCUGGAGGCUCUUUCAGGAGUCCUCCAAAUCCAAAUUAUUUGCCAACUUGUGUUGAAAAAUAAUGCAAUACUAAACAACUUGAUUGGGUUAUCCUUCUUUUUCUUUUAUAAUAUAGGCUGGUACCAUUUCCCCUCCCCUCAUAAGCCUCAGCAGGAUCCCUCCUCUUCCUUGGUUGACCUGUGGAAGAGCCUGCCACUUUGCUGGGAGGAAUGGGACCAAUGGGAACCAUAGAUUGUGAGAAAAACUUCCCAUUCUGGCCUGCCCCAAGGAUCCCUUCCUUCCAGAGGGCGCACCCAUAGGCAUCUCCAGCCAGCCCUUUCUCAGCAGCAGCCAUCCGUAUCGCUCCCUUGUCCUUCCUUCACUGACCACUGCCAUUAAGAUAUUUCAGAUUUUGGGCUCAAUUCCAGAGUAGCCAAUAGCUACUCCCCCAUUGGCCCUUGCCGGCAGCUGAUUGGGUACAGAAACCAGAAGGAGGUGGGAGGAAAGGCAGGGAUAUGCCCACGAAGAUCACGUGAUUCAUGGCUGAUCAUGAUGGCACAGCAGCAUGGCAAUGUUGAACGGCCACAACUUUACCAGAUCCCACGGGCGUAAUCAUGGGUCCUGGAUUUGGAGUGCAUUUUUUUAAAAGUUAGCCCAUCUGAAUUACAUCGAUUCAAAAAUUAUUGCUCUAUGAUGCACCAUUUUGCCCAGUUAAAGCCUACAAAUAAACUGGCAUAUUUAUAUUGAAUAAAAUUCCAUCACUUGAUAAAGGCAAUGAAUACAUCACUUUUUAAUUUGUAAUAGGGUAAAUAUGGAUAAAUACAACUCAUACCGCCCUGAGUCCUUCGGGAGAAGGGCGGUAUACAAAUUAAAAUAUUAUUAUAUUAUUAUUAUUAUUAUUAUACGAAUAGGGGUUUUUUUUUUGAUCCUCCAUAUUUUUUAAAAGUAGGUAGGGUUCCUGGGAAAAGAAAAUUUAAGAGACACUACUCUAUGGAAAUAUAUAUAAUGCGUUAUUUAGUAGAAAAGCUCCUUUUCCAAUUCAUAGAGCAGGAGUAUCAAACACAAGACCCACGGGCUGGACCUGGCCCAUGGGGUUUUUAGAGCUGGGCUGCAGGGCAGCCCUGGAAACAGCAAAGGUUUGGCCCAUGGUGCCUCUGCUAGUGAAAACGGAGCUUGGGAGGGCUGUAUGUGGCCCUCCCGAACUCUGUUUUUUCUGGCAGACGGUUGCAGGAGGGCCUUGUGGCUGAAAACAGAGCUUGCAGGGGCUGCAUGCAUCCCUCCCAAGCUCCAAUUUUGCUGGCAGCGGGUUGCAGGAGGCCAUCGUGGCUGAAAACGGAGCUUGGGGGGGGGGUUGCAUGUGGCCUUCCAGAACUCUGUUUUUGCUGGCAGAGGCUUGCAGGAGGCUACCGCGGCCGAAAGUUGAGUUCACCAGGGCUGCAUGAGGCCCUACCAAGCUCCGUUUUUGCUGGCAGAGGGUUGCAGGAAGCCAUUGUGGCUGAAAACGGAGUUCAGUGACCAUUUUCACUGGCAGAGCACGCGGGCUGCUACAGGUACCCCCACACAAGUGACGUCAAGCUGGCCAUGCCCACUCUGGCCACACCCACCCAAUUGCCCAAGUUCAAACAAUGCUGAUGUGGCCCUCAAUGAAAUUGAGUUUGACCCCCCCCUGUCAUGGAGUAUGGCUAUUAAAAUUACUUGCUGUCCAAUUAACUUGGAUUUAGUUGGAAUCAGUUGGUCAGACUUUCCUGUUACUUCCAAAGUAACCAGUGUCUUCACCCCUAAAAUAUUUACAAGCCAAAUUGUUACACUAUUCCAUCUUCACCCUCCCACCCACCCCCACUUGCCUUUCACUAUGCGGGUGGGAGUGUGUGGAUUUGAGAGUUGGUACAGGUAGUCCUCAACUACAACCACAAAAUGGUUCUGUCAUUAAGCGAGACAGUUGAGAUGUACCUUAUUUUACGAUCUUUUGUCACAGUCAUUAAACGAAUCACUGCAGCUGUUAAGUGAACCAUACAAUCGUUAAGUGAGUCUGGUUUUCUCCAUUGACUUUGCUUGUUAGAAGCCAGCUGAGAAACUUAACAAAAUGGUGAAAACAUGACCCUGGGACAGUGCAAUUGGGAUAAAUAUAUUUCAGUUUCCAAGCCCCCAAAUUUUUAUUAUAUGACCAUGGGGUUGCUUGCAGCGGUUGUAAGUGUGAAAACCGGUCGUUUUUUUCCAGUGCUGUUAUAACUUCAAAUGGCGACUAAAUGAAUGGUUGUAACUCGAGAACUAUCUGUACAUGGAGACCGUAUGAACUUUUCUGAUCAAUACAAAAUUAACCUCUGACGAUACAAAGGUCAGUUUUGGGACCAAGCCUUGGGUGCAGCUUUGAAUUAGUAUGUGAAACUUGUUUGGAGAGCUUUGAGCGUUGUGUCAGUUAUUUGUGGUGCCUUGGUAUGGUGUUCUCCCCCCCCCUCCCAUGAUGUCUUAGGGAAAAAAAGAAAUUGUUCAUUAAACUUUAUAUUAAAAUUGUUAUUUGUAAAAUGCCAGAAGAGUGUUAUUUUCCUUUAUGGGUAGUGUGAAACAUCUCUCAGACGUUUGGUUUUUGAGACUUUCCACAGAUACUUUGAAAAAUAAAAAAAAAGAUGGAAAAAGCACAAUGAUAUGAAGGAAAUAUAUAUAUAUCCCCCAAGAAAACAUUAUCUGGGUCUCAGUUAACAGUCUCCAGAAGAGGAUUAAACAGGCAGGAAUAUCCCACACCCCUGAAGAGAACCCCGGAUCCAAAAAGAUCUAGACAAACUUGAACAAUGGGCAAGUCCAAUCCAAAAAAAUGAAUUUAAUGUGGAGAAAAGCAAAGUUUUACAUUUAGGCAGGAAAAAAAAAUCAAAAGUAUAAAUACAGAUGAGGCGAGACCUGGCUCAAAAACAGUAAACUGUGAGAGGGACCUUGGAGUCCUAGUGAUGAUCACUUGAAUAUGAGCCAGAAUCAUGCAACAACAGACAAAAAAGCUAAUACAAUCCUGCGUUGCAUAAAUAGAGGCAUAGAAUCAAGAUCAUAUGAAGUAUUAGUAUUGCUUUAUAAAACCCUAGUAAGGCCACACCUGGAAUACUGCAACCAAUUUUGAUCAUCAUACUACAAAAAAGAUUGAGAUUUGGAAAAAGUUGGGAGAAGAUCGGGGUGAAAUGCUACCAGAUUGGGGCGGUUUGUCCAAACUGGUAGUAAAUAAUGGUAUUGGUUUGUUGAACCGGUAGUAAAAAAGAUUUAAAAAAAAAUUCCAAAGAUCAGCUGAGUGACGUGCGAUCGUCUGAACUUUUUUGUUUACUUU